UCCCACUUUCCCUCGUACACAUCGCUAUCCCCUUACAGCAAUGGCAGUGAGCCCUCUCGAGGCGGCUCUCAUCGAGACAUGGACCCUAUAUGCCUUCGGCACCAUUAUAUUCAUGCUGAGAAUCUUUGUACGGACAAGAAUGGUGGGAAUAGCUGGGUUUCGCGUAGAUGACUACACAAUCUUCUUCGCAUGGAUUUGCUAUACUGGCAUGACAGUAGCAGCUCACUUCGUUGGAGGUACUGGUGACACAUCACACCUUACGAUGGAGCAGCGUCUUUCGUUCACCCCGGAGCAAGCAGCUUCGCGCCAGGCAGGCACGAAAUGGUUCAUGGUUGGGUGGUACACCUACAUCGGUCUCAUUUGGACCUUGAAGCUGAACAUGCUGUUCUUCUACAAACAAGUUGUUGGUAUCGUGUGGGUCAAAAAGUUGAUCAUGCCGGCGAUGUCAUUCGUUGCCGUGACUGGUGUCUCGAUCUGGAUUCUAUUCGCGACCGCGUGUCGCCCAUUUCACAAGCUUUGGCAGAUACUUCCGGAUCCAGGAGAGCAUUGCAUACCGCAAAGUCCAGUUUUCCUUCUCACCAUCCUUGUGUUGAACCUUUUGACAGAUGUCUGCAUCAUUCUCAUUCCGAUCCCCAUCAUCAUUCCCUUGAAGAUCUCAUGGGGUCGUAAGCUUGGUCUACUGUUCCUGUUCUGCGCGGGUAUCUUCAUCAUGAUCGCUGCGAUACUACGAGUAUACUUUGUCCUCGCACUUGAAAAGGGAGAAACAGCCGCUAUCUGGUCCUGUCGUGAGGACAUUGUCGCAAUCACCAUCGGUCAGGCUACUAUGAUUAGGCCCAUCUUUACCCGCAGAUUCUGGACCAACAAGCCUGGACAUUCGUCUGGGUACUCAUCGAAUAAACCUUCUCACCCAUAUGAGUCACACGAGCUCUCUCAUCAAAGCAACUCUCUUGCCUCUCGGCUGGGGCUCAGCAAGACGAAAGACACGUACGGUGUGAGUAUUCUCCGGACCAAGGGGAACGACAGCGACGAGGACAUCAUGAUGAUGGACGGCGAAGCAGGUUGUGGGAUUCACAGAGAACCGAGCCUGUCGAGCGAUCAGAGUCAUCGACGGUCACGGAAAGAAAUCACUGUUAAAACAGAUGUUGAAGUUUCGACAGACAGUAGCGCGAGGGGGUUUGACCGAAGUUGGAACGUUGUAUAGUUGAUGAAGAUAGUUCUAAGUCGUACAUGGAACAAACAAC